UGUAUAUUUAGUUUGUGAGUGUGUGAUAUGGGGGUUGGAGACAUGUUUAUUUUUACAUUACAAAGACAAACUUGUAUAAACAAUGUCAACACCGCCAUGUUGCACUGAGCCUUGCUGUUGGAAAACCACAUCAGUGUCUGACUUCACUCUUCGAGUUUUGUCUACAGCAGGUUGCUUUCGCGUGACUACUCAAACGAGCUCAAGGUUAGGGGGUAGGGACGUCCCAAUAAUCCCAAUAGCACUAACCAUUUUAUGACGGCUGCUGCUUCCGGGAAGAUGGCCGGCUAAACAAUGGCAAAAUAUACCAUUCUAGAAAUCAAGAAGGGAGACUUUUCGCUUUUGCAAACUACUUGGAUUAACCAAAGUGUUCGGAAUAAAUGCUUGCAUUUAGGUAGUUUAUUUGGUGACCGUGUGCAUGCAUGUUAAAUUACUGUUUGGGUUAGCUAAAUUAGCUCGCACAUGCGAAGUAGCUAACAUGUCAGCUAUUGGUAGCUAAAGUUGAAACCCGCAACUGACGUAUUAUUGAGCUCCAUGAUCGAGAAAUGGAGAGGAGACACGUUUACAGUGCUGGCUAGUGUCGAAACGUGCGAUAUUUUUUUAUCGGUGUGUCUCGCUGGUCGAUUGCUAUGUUCCCGCAGCUGCAUGCAACUGUCUAAAACUUAACUAGCUAGCUAAUUUUCCUUGAUUCACUCAUUUCAAUGGCUCACUGUAGUUCAUCAGAUCCAAGUGGGAAGAUACCCCGUCCAGAUAGUAGCGCAGUAUUGAUGGCAGGAUCUCCCGGAACCGUUGAUCAGGCAAUGAAGCCGGUGUUGUUUGAAAUAUUUGGAGAAAUUUGGAACGUCCAGGCCCGACUCGGGCAAGGCGUCUCGGCCUCCGUAUACCGGGUGAGCUCGGGAAGGACGAGUACGGCCGCGGUUAAGGAGUUCCUGGCGGACGCUCAGGGCGGAGAUUACGGGUACCACAAGGAGAGGUCCGUGCUGGAAGACAUCCAAGGACACAAAAACAUCGUAACGCUAUAUGGGGUGUUCACCAACCACAGCCAUGUGGGUGUGGCCACACGCUGCCUGCUGCUAGAGCUGCUGGAUGUCAGUGUGUCUGAGCUGCUGGUUAGUACCCAGGGCCAGGUGGGCAGCCUCCAGAGUGGUGGUGCCCAGCAGCAGGGCCACUCCAUGUGGCUGGUGCAGCACUGCGCGAGAGACAUCCUGGAGGCCCUGGCCUUCCUCCACCGAGAGGGCUACGUCCACGCAGAUCUCAAGCCCCGCAACGUGCUCUGGAGCGCAGACGACGAGUGCUUCAAACUCAUCGACUUUGGACUCAGCUUCAAGGAGGGUAACCAGGAUGUGAAGUACAUCCAGACGGAUGGGUACCGUGCCCCGGAGGCUGAGCUUCAGAACUCGCUGGCCCAGGCGGGGCUGGAGGCGGAGGGUAACUCUGGCUGCUCGGCCACUGUGGACCUCUGGAGCCUGGGUAUCAUCCUGCUGGAGAUGUACUCCGGCAUCAAACUCAAAGACACUGUCAGGUCACCCAAGUGGAAGGACAACAGUGCAGCGAUAGUCGACCAUAUCUUUGCCAGUAACAGUGUGGUGUGUCCUGCUAUCCCUGUCUAUCACCUCAGAGACCUGAUCAAGAGCAUGCUUCACAAUGACCCCAAGCACAGAGGCACAGCCGAGACGGCCCUGCUUAGCCCUUUCUUCAGUAUUCCCUUUGCUCCUCACAUAGAAGACUUGGUUCUGCUGCCCUCGCCUGUUCUGCGCCUGCUCAACCUGAUUGACGACAGCCACCUACACAAUGAGGAGGAGUAUGAAGACAUCUUGGAGGACAUGAAGGAGGAGUGCCAGAAGUACGGCUCUGUGGUCUCUCUUCUCAUUCCCAAGGAGAACCCAGGCAAAGGACAGGUGUUUGUAGAAUAUGCUAACGCAGGCGACUCCAAAGAGGCCCAGAGACUGCUGACAGGACGGACCUUUGACAGGAAGUUUGUCGUUGCCACAUUCUACCCCCUGAGUGCUUACAAGAGAGGCUACUUGUACCAGACCGUGCAGUGAACACACACACACGCGCACUGAGAGCUCACACACUGUUAGUUGAAAUGCCUAGGCCCCAUUCAGUCAGUCUCUGUCAUGGUGUGUAUACUUACAGUUGAAGUUGGAAGUUUAUUUACACUUAGGUUGGAGUCAUUAAAACUCAUUUUUCAACCACUCCACACAUUUCUUGUUAACAAACUAUAGUUUUGGCAAGUCAGUUAGGACAUCUACUUUGUGCAUGACACAAGUAAUUUUUUCCAACAAUUGUUUACAGAGAUUAUUUCACUUAUAAUUCACUAUAUCACAAUUCCAUUGGGUCAGAAGUUUACAUGCACUAAGUUGACUGUGCCUUGAAACAGCUUGGAAAAUUCCCGAAAAUGAUGUCAUGGCUUUAGAAGCUUCUGAUAGGCUAAUUGACCUAAUUUGAGUCAAUUGGAGGUGUACCUGUGGAUGUAUUUCAAGGCCUACCUUCAAAAUCAGUGCCUCUUUGCUUGACAUCAUGGGAAAAUCUAAAGAAAUCAUCCAAGACCUCAGAAAUAAAUUGUAGACCUCCACAAGUCUGGUUCAUCCUUGGGAGCAAUUUCCAAACGACUGAAGAUACCACAUUCAUCUGUACAAACAAUAGUACGCAAGUAUAAACACCCUUGGACCAGCUGUCAUACCGCUCAGGAAGGAGAUGCGUUCUGUCUCCUAGAGAUGAAUGUACUUUGGUGAGAAAAGUGUAAAUCAAUCCCAGAACAACAGCAAAGGAACCUGUGAAGAUAAUGGAAGAAACAGGUACAAAUGUAUCUAUCCACAGUGAAACGAGUCCUAUAUCGACAUAACCUGAAAGGCCGCUCUGCAAGGAAGAAGCCACUGCUCCAAAACCGCCAUAAAAAAGCCAGACUACCGUUUGCAACUGCACAUGGGGACAAAGAUAGUACUUUAUGGAGAAAUGUCCUCUGACCCACUGGGAAUGUGAUGAAAUAAAAGCUGAAAUCAUUCUCUUUACUAUUAUUCUGACAUUUCACAUUCUUAAAAUAAAGUGGUGAUCCUAACUGACAUUUACAUUUAAGUCAUUUAGCAGACGCUCUUAUCCAGAGCGACUUACAAAUUGGUGCAUACACCUUAUUGUGAAAAACUGAGUUUAAAUGUAUUUGGCGUAUGUAAAGGUAUAUGUAAACUUCCAACUUCAACUGUAUAUCAGAUCACCACUCUGCUUUCUGCAGCCUCUAGGGCCAGAGUUAACCUAAUAUGCCCUGUAGCUUUAAUUACUGUAUGUAGCUACAGUAUGGAUUAUACAAAUCUGUCCUUUCACAAUUUUCCAUGUCCUCCUUUUGGGAUGUAUACUGCUGGAGUCUGCUUUUAACAUUGAUCCAGCUUGGUCAUAUGUUUAUCAGAGGGAGAUGGCUUGACUCUCAGUAGAUGGAUAAAUCCAUACGUUCCCACUCCACACUGGGCUGAUGUCAAACCCCGAACAAGAGAAUGACUUUAUGUCCACCUACCUUUUUAUAGAGCACAAAGAGUGCAGUACCAAGUGCCCUAUGGGUUUCUCUCGUAAACCUAGCAGGCUGUUUAGCUUGGGGCCCUAGUUUUUUUUUCAUACUCAACUACUUGAAUAUGUUAUCUUUUAAGUAAUUGAAACCGUUCCUACUGGUUGAUGUUGGGUCUCUUGUUGAAGGCUGAGCCACAAUUUCAUCGUAUCCAAAGUUACCUUCCUAUGACAUAUUUUGUCUAUGAGAUGUUUGUUUUGAGACUUGAAUUCUGAAGGUACCACUCAAACAUCAGUAGAAUCACGUUCUGAGACUAAAAAUCACAUUCUGAGACUAAAAGUCCAACCAUUCAACUGGCACUUUUCUAUGGUACAUAAAAAAUAUAUAUACUUUUUUUGUAAUUUCUACCAUAUGUUUUUAUAUAAUCAUUUCUACCAUAUAUAGUGUUAUUCCAUUUUGUCCAAAUUGCCACAUAUACUAUGUUUACUCCUGAUUGGUUGGGCUGAUGUGAAUGGAAGUUUAGUUUUCAAUACGUUAUGAAAGGGAUGGGUCAUUCCCUAGCUCUGUACAGUACAUAGCAACAAGCCUACUGUACGCUCAGAAGCCAUGAAUAGGGGUUUCACAGUUGAAUAUUUCAGUUGGAGAGCUUUACAGCUGUGUCAGUGUUGUAGCCGACUAUUCCAGUUCUGUCUGUCUCUGAGUUUUAUAGUCUGCAUGACAAAUCAAUGUGUGAGAACAGCUAGUUUAGGUGUGACUAUGGUGAGAUUAUAGGCUACAAAAGUCUUGAAUUAUUCUAUGUCGUGUGUUGAAGAUGUUGAAAUGAACAACAAAUUGUUGCAUGCACUGAACUGAAAUGUUAUAGGCAGUAUUUAUUCUGCUCUUAUUCAGUCCAAUGACCCUGUGAAUCUUAGGUGGGGCACAAGGACUUCUGAAUCAGUAGGCUGGCAUUGAAACUAGAAAGGUUUCUGGCAGGGGGCUAGUGGCAUCCUGCCCAUCUCUAUAAAUACUGCAGCACCCCUUAGCGGUCAUGCUGGAGAAAGGCCUCGUCUUCCUCUCCUAUACUAUACCUACAGUAGCUGAUCUUCCAAAGCUCCGUCCUGCCUGUCCAACCUUUCCAGAUGCUUUUUUAAGUUGUUUGAAAAAGAGACCAUAUUAACAUGAGCAAAAAUAACUACUAUUUAAAGCACAUUAUUGUUGAUACACUGCGAUUUACUCCAUUUGUAACUCACACUUCCAUUCAACUGGCAUCAUGCGACAAGUGUGGAUGCUGAUUGAGACAUCGUUGAUGACGUCCUGCUUAUGUGAAGUACUGACUCUAGGACCUCUGGGUGAUGUACCACCAAUAUGUGAGGUGAUCCAUCCACUGCCUUAGCUACAGUACCUUCUAUGUGUUUAUAAUCUAGUCUACCACUAUAAUGUUCCCAUUUAGUAUAUUGGUUGAUGUUUUGGCACACUGUCCCUUCAGUGUGUUAUUCAGAAUAGAUCUCAAUGAUUCCUUUCUAAUCCCCACAACCAUUGAGCAUGAUGGCAUUUCUUCAUGGACAAAUGUUCAUGAAGGUUAGAGAUUUAAGGUUAGAGAUUAGUGUGUGUGUUUACAUGUAUAUUAAUUUAUAGGUUUGUAUGUGGGGAGGCUUCCUGCAUCCUCCCAGUUUGUUGAUAGGCAUUAUGUUUCAUUCAGGUUUAUUAGUUAGUGGAGUUAUGCUGUUGUCAGAGAUUGCACAAAUUGGUGAUUUCCUGAACUGAAUUGAAUCAACCCUGCUUUACAGCACUGAUCAAAUGAAAGAAAAAUCUAAGUCAGCAAUGACGUAGACCAAUCCCCCGUUGCCAUAUGGUAUUAAAAAACCCCACAGAUGACAGGAUUGAAAUGAGGUGUUUUAUUGUCAAUGUUUUGUCUGCUAGGCAAUAUUGAAGGAGUCUCCAAAGACGACAGCACUGAUACCAAUGUUUUAUAUAAAUCAUUUCCCUUCCCCACUCAAAAGACAAUCAUCAUAGUUUUUUAGCAACAUGUCUCCUUUGGGUUUUGUGAAAGCCCGCCUCAUUGAGCAGCUGUCAGCCCCCCUGUUACAAAGAACAACUGUCUCCAACAGAACUAAAACUGACUUGAAUGUGAAUCACUCACACUAUCUGAUCUGCGUGAUCAGGAUUACCGAAGGCACAUAUUAUGAGUAUAAAACAAGUGUUUGUAUGUAUGAUGGAACAAGCGCGUGUGAGAGUCCAUGCAUUGCCACACAGAAAGAACCCUGUGAUUGUAAGUCUGCGAUUAUAUAUGUUCGUAUUGUUUCCAUAUCUCAAAAUAAAGGUACUUGACUAUGUGUCAACAAUA